AUGCCGAUGAUGGCCAUGCCCGGGGCCGCGGCCGGGGGAUCGCCGGCGAUGACGGAGCUCGGCAAGGGUCUGGACUUCAUGAUGAAGCGCUUGACCACGCGCCCGGUCGUGAAGCCGAGGCCUCAAGGAUACGUCGGCCUGGACGGGGGCAGCUUCACAAACGUGGGGGGCUUCACCGAAGGAGGCCUGAAGGCGCCCAAGAUUCAGAAGCCGAAGAAGGAGGAAGAGUCGUCGUCGAUCGGAGACAAGGCCGGCAAAGCUUUCGUUAAGGGCUAA